AUGAAAAAUAGUCAACAACUGAUAGCAUCUAUUGCAGGUUCAAUUUCAUGGUUGAUAGCUUUAAGUAUUAUUUCAUUGGUGUGGUUAAUAUUACCUUUUUCACAUCAACAUUAUGUAUUGAUUAUUUAUUCAUUUAUUAUUACAGAAGUUAUUAGAUUUACAACACUAAUUGGAAUUCAUUAUUUUACAAAAAAAUUUGAUGAAAUUAAAUUAGUUGGACUUGGGCUUGGGGUUGGUGCUGCUGUAUGUCAAGUAUUAAUUCAUAACGUUCCUUAUUUACUUUUAUCAACAGGAGAUGCAGACCUUUAUCUUUUAAAUCCAAUAAUUGGAAAUUUCACUGUUGUUGCAUUCAAUGGUUUUUGUUACUCUGUGUAUUUGAUAUGUUCAUAUACUAGUCUUUCUUUAUUAUUACACCGUAAUAAGAAAGAUAUUAUAUAUUCAAUUAUAUUUGUAUCUCUUCAUGGGGCUAUUCUAGUAGCUGGAAUAAUGAAUUACUAUGUCUCAGUUUAUCUUGGACUAACAUUGAUGUUAUUAAUUGACAUCAUUACUGUAAUUAUGACAUUCAUUAUUCUAUACCAUUAUCGUCAUUAA